UCUCGCGGGCGGGCGUUGGGCCGGGCGGGACCGGGCGUUCUUGUCUAGAUCACCCGCCCGGCGUGGAGCCGAGGCCGGGCAUGGCUCUGAGGACUGCCGUGUGAGGAGCCUGACCACCGGACCCCUGCAGCUGGACAAGCGGGCGGCGCCCCCGAAGCCUGGGUUUCAUUCCCCUUUAGCCAUGGGACGAAGGAAGUCUAAACGGAAGCCACCCCCCAAGAAGAAGAUGACAGGCACCCUGGAGACCCAGUUCACUUGCCCCUUCUGCAACCAUGAGAAGUCUUGUGAUGUGAAAAUGGACCGAGCUCGAAACACGGGAGUUAUCUCCUGUACCGUGUGCCUAGAGGAAUUCCAGACACCCAUCACAUAUCUGUCAGAACCGGUGGAUGUGUACAGCGACUGGAUAGAUGCCUGUGAGGCAGCUAAUCAGUAGCAAUAUCAAGGACCUGCCCCUCAGCAGUCCCCGACCUGGGUACCAAUCCAGAGACAUUCCAGGGCUCCAGGGUGUAGGUCCAGGGCUGUGGCAGCCCUCCCUCUGUGUAUAGAGUGGAUGUGAGUGAGUAGAUGUGUGUGUGGGGCUGCAGAUGUGGCUGUAACAGUGGCCCUGACUGCUUGUAGGUAGGGUGGAGGUGAGGGGUUACUGGGUCUCACCAUGCUGCCCAGGGUGGCCCCAAAUGACUCUGAAAACCUCCGAGUUGCUCCCUUCUUCAGCCACCAACCCCUGCCCCCAAGUUUUAGGUUCCUGUCUCCUCUGAUGACCAUUUUCCUGACAUCCCUGGCAAAGAAUAUCUGUGGACCUUCCGGUCUCCUCGGCCACCUCACCAGCACAUGGGCCUUGGGGACCCUGCACUUUCUGUGCUUCCCACCGCCUUGUGCUUGUGGCCUGGGAGUCAAGGGCCCUUGCUGGGCUUUGCCUGGGGACCCAUUUUCCUCCGUUUGCUUUUGUAGAAAAGGUAGGGGCUGGUUCAGGGACAGCUGUCACUCACAAG